GGUUCCCUUCGAGAACGGCCAAUUACGGAUAGCUUCGGCACAUGGAAAUCCUUGGGAAUUGCCAUUCCUUUUAUAUGCCUCGGUGGUUGUAUAAGCAUGAAAUGUGCUGCAUUUCUUGAAGAACAUGAUAUAUUUGUUCCUGAAGAUGACGAUUGA